AUGAAUUCUAAUGUUAAUAGUGAUAAAAGUUUAUCUGUAUCUGAACAAAAUAAAGAUGAUUCAUUACCAGCACUUCAAAUUAAUCCUUUAACAUUAUUAAAUUCAAUAUCACCAUUUAAACCUAUUGAUGAUAGUCAAGAAAAUAUACUUGAAUCAACAUGUAUUAAUAGAUCAUCAUCUCAAACAAAUGAUGUUAGUACAUCAUUAUCAGAUAAGUUUGAUCAAAUAAAUAUUAAAAAGCCAUCAUCAAUUACUCAUAUGGAUGAACAUUCUAUUGCUGCUUGGGUUAAAUCAGCAACAGCAGAAUCGAUAACAUCACCUAUUGAAAGAUCACCAUCACUUCCAUUAACAAUAAUUGAACAAAUAACAACAUCAAGUCGUCGAACAUCAACUGUAUCAACUUUAUGUGAUCAACAACAACAACAACAACAACAACAACAAUCAGCUCAUUCCGAUACAAUGUCAUCGACAUUAUCACAAAAUCCAUCAGUAUCAGCUGAUAUUCAGCGUAGUUUUUCAUUUCCUACAAUUGAUCAGCAUCAACAUGAUGAUGAAGAAAUUUGUUUUGUUAGAAGAGAAGAAGAUGAGGAUGAUUGUUCAUCACAAUUUCUUCCUGUACCAGAAUCAGAAGAGUCAGAAGUUGAUAAAAUGAAAAACAUACCAUCAUUAGAAGAACCGAUACAAUUCAACGCUCGAUCACCGAUUGAAGAACAAACAAAAAACUUACCUAAUGUCUCAUUUGAUGCCUCUCUUCGGUUCGAAACUCAUCGUAAAUCAAUAUCACAUCGAAAACGACAUAAUUCUUGCAAUGCAGAUAAAAAUAAAUUUUACUUAUAUCAACGUUCACAAUCACAUAAAAUAUCUAGUCAACAAUCAUUAUUGAAAUCUGACAUAAAUCAUAAACAAUUUCUCACUAGUCCAUCAAUACCAGCUGAUGCUAAUAUUUUUUCUGGUGGUAAUAGAACAAAUCAAUCAUCAAGUUUCUCGGAUAAUGUUUUUCUUUCAACAUCAACUACGAAUUCUCCUUCAUCUUCUAAUCAUUUACAAUUAAUAAAUAAUACUACAACAUGUCCUCAAUUUUUAUCUAUUCCAUCGUCGACAUCAAGACUUUCAUCAGAUCGACGUACAUCAAAUAUAUCUGAUGUAUCUGGUAGAAGUGGUAUUGAAUCAUCAAAUGUAAUAACAAGUGCAUCUGAACCACCACUUACAGCUAGUAUCAUUGAAGAAGAAACAACAGAUGAAAAUAAUUUAUUUUUUCCUAAACAAAAACAAACUAGUUCAGUAUCAGCUGCAUCAUCAAGAACAGCAAGUACAGAAAAUUUGCCAACAUCAUCAAGUGAAAAUGAAGUAAAUAAUAUUCAUAAAAAACUGGAUACAUUAAAUAAAGUUGGAAAAUGUCAAAAAACACCGGCUAAUCAAAGAUCAGAUGCAUUGAGACAAUUAAAAUGGUUACUUGAGAAAAGAUCAAUAAUAAAUCCUCGAUUAAAUCUCGGACGUCGAAGACAAUUCCAUGGAACAAUACCGGUAAAUACAAACAAAUUAAUCUUUCUACAGAAUUAG